AUGAAAGAAGAACCUACGGAUAAGCCCAAGGCUUUCACGAUCAAGUAUAAAAGACCAAGAGGUUCCAGAGCAUGUGUUGUGUGUCGUUCUCGUAAGGUGAGGUGUGAUGCUGAAAUCCAUAUUCCCUGCACCAACUGUAUUACGUUUGGCUGUGAAUGUACGCUCCCAGAAGCGAAAAAGAGAGGCAAUUCGACCACGUCCGAUGCAAGAAACAAGAGAAAGCAACCCACGUCUACGUCAGGACAGCCAGGUAGCGAACUGACUCUGAUGUCGGCAUCUUCCUCGUUGAACUCUCAGUCUCCACACCGCCCUAAUCAUCUUCAACAGAACCACAACGGACUCACAAGUAACGGCAAAAGUGAGAAUUCACAUGCUUCUGAAAACCCUACCAAAUACUCACCACCACUAUCAUACAAUAACGGAAGUGCAAACGGAGAUGGUAAUAAUAGUCACAACGGCCAUGGAAACGGUACCAGCUCUGAUCAACCGAGCGAACCAGUGUUGAACAUAUCGCAAGUCUCUGUGCCACCAUCUCUCACAUCGAACUACAAGAAUAGACCUUCGAUGCAUAAAAGAGAAUUACUAUCUGGUAAUGGAAAGGCUGCAUUGACGUUUCUUGGAUCUUCGUCUGUGGGACAUGUUGCAAAUAAGAUAGGUCAGUAUCACGUUGAAUUGACAGAAGAUCUUUUCGACCUUAGCGAUAGGUCCCUAGACUCAGUCGAAUUGGAGAUCUUGAAAUUGAGAGGUGCAUUUUUACUUCCUUCAAAGGAACUUUCAUUAGAUUUGAUUAAUUCUUAUUUUGAGCACGUUCAUCCCUUGAUGCCUGUGAUAAACAGAACUGAAUUCAUGAAGAAAUUCAACGACCCGAACGAUCAACCGUCAUUAAUGUUGUUGCAGGCAGUAUUGCUUUGUGGAAGUAGAAUAAGUAAAAACCCAUUGUUAUUUGAUUCAAAGGGGCUGGUCGGCUUGGCCUCCUUAACUUUCUAUCGUAGAGCCAAGGCUUUAUAUGAGACCAAUUAUGAAAGUGAUCCCGUUAGUUUGAUCCAAACCUUGAUCUUAAUCGGUUCAUAUUGGGAGGGUCCUGAAGAUGUCACUAAGAAUUCAUUCUAUUGGACGAGGGUUGCCCUUGGUUUGGCACAGGGAUUUGGAUUCCACAGAGAUUGUAACGGAUCGCCCAAUUUGACUACCGUAGAAAAGAAAAUCUGGAGAAGGAUCUGGUGGUGUCUUUUUGAAAAGGAUAGAAACGUUUCAAUCGCAUUUGGUAGACCCACAGUCAUCGACUUGAACGAUUGUGAUGUUCCCAUGCUUACAAUAGAAGAUUUUAAUGAAGUGGAUGAAAAUUCCACGGAGCCUCCACUUUAUCCAGUGAACCACAUCCAAGCUUUAUACUUCAUUCAUUUAGUUAAAUUGGCUGAAAUUACGGGUAUUAUAAUCAAGCAUCAAUACACUGUAAAGGCAGAGCUGAUGAAGCGUAAAAAUAAAUUUCCAAUCAUUCAGCAUUGUGAUAUGCUUAUGGGUAUCUGGUUUACCAAUUUACCACCCCAGUUGGUGUUUUCACUUUCGGAUAAAUCUACUCAGAACUUCUACAGUUGUCUUUUGAAUGCUCAGUAUUAUAACCGGUUAUACUUGAUUCAUAGAUCAAACUUAUUGAGAAUGGCAAAAUCUUCAUCGACAAAUCCAAAUAAUUACAAGUAUCCAUCUUGGGGAAUUUCAUUUCAAGCUGCAAGAAUGAUUUCCAUUGUUUCUAAGAAUUUAUUGGACAAAGAUCAAAUCAAAUACACCCCUGUGAUGUUUGUAUACAUAUCGUUUAGUGCUUUGAUAAUGUUGAUAUAUCAUGUUGACUCACCUAAUAAUGCAAUUGCAUCUACAGCAAGUGACUCGCUUUUCGUAUCGAGAGCAGUGUUGAGAGAAUUGAGUAAAUACUGGCCAAUUGCUGACGUUUUGGUGAAAUUAUUUGAUAAGUAUGCCAAUGAUAAGUUCAAGAGAGCGAAAAUCAUUGAAAAUGCAACAAGAGUGGAAGAAUAUCAAGAAUUUGAAGCCACUAAGAAGGAAUUGGAUAAUCAACAAAAUUUGAAUAGUUACUACACCAGGACUACACACACAAAUGAUUCUCCGAGACUGACUACUUCAGGGGUAUCUCCUGGAGGAGGAGUUUAUUCGAGAGAACAACAACAACAUGCAAGUAUGCAACGUAGUCUGCUGCAGGUUUCGCCUCAGAUGCAACAUAUUCUGCCACAUCAAGCUCAAACGCAGCAUCAUCAACAAUCUCAGCAAUUACCUCACCAGCAACAACAGCAACAGCACAGGCAGAAUGAACAUCAACCAAAUCUUGAAGAGUUGAUCCAACAGUUUAAACAACCAACCAAGCCUUCAAACAACAGCGGUAACAUGAAUAACCAGGGAACUGCUGCCUCGACACAAAAAAGUGAUACUUCUCCAUCAUCUUCCACGCAAUCAUUCCCUGAAAUUUCUUUAGUUACUGAAAACAUUCCAACAAACACAAAUUUCUUUGAGAAUUUCGAACCUACUCAAUUAUUCCCUGAAGUUAGAACGAGUUAUCCACCUAGCAGAUCACAAUCGCCAACGGCCAUUGCCUCGCUAUUGAACGACCAAAAGCCACCCCCAAUGGAUGAUGGACCUAAUGGCUCACUCUAUGACGUUGAAAUGGACAGUAGCGCGGUUCCACAGCUGCAACAACCGAACACUCCAGGUGGCGGAUUGAACACUAAUUUUGUAGAUAGUUCUUUCAUCAAUAUGAACUUACAGACCUCGGUGAACAACUAUUUAUCUGACGAUUUGGGUUCGUUAUUCAACUUUCAUGUUUAG